AUGGCGGCAGCAGCGGUGACGCUGCUAUUGCUUUUCGCCUCCUGCAUGCAUGCCGCCGUGUUCUGCGCGGCGGCCCCGUUCGAUGAGGUGCCGACGGUGACCUUCGACGAGGGCUUCGCCCCGCUCUUCGGCGAGUCCAACAUGGGUCGCUCCUCCGGCGGCGACGCCGUGAGCAUCACCCUGGACCGGAGCACCGGCUCCGGCUUUAUUUCCAAGCGCUACUACCACCAUGGACUCUUCAGCGCCGAUGUCAAGCUCCCGGCCGGCCACACGGCCGGCGUCGUCGUCGCCUUUUACCUCUCCAACGGCGACGUCUUCGAGGCCACCCACGACGAGCUGGACUUCGAGUUCCUCGGCAACCGCGCGGGUCACCGGUGGCGGAUGCAGACCAACGUGUACGGCAACGGCAGCACGGCGCGCGGCCGGGAGGAGCGGUACGUGCUGCCCUUCGACCCCACCGCCGCCAAGCACAGGUUCUCCAUCCUCUGGUCCUCCAGUUCCGUCGUGUUCUACGUCGACGGCACCCCCGUCCGCGAGGCGCAGCGCCGCCGUAGUCGCCGUCGUUUUACGGACGACGGCAUGGGUCCCGACGGCGACGACAGUGACAUGGGUGCCGACUACCCGUCCAAGCCCAUGGCGGUGUACGUGACCAUCUGGGACGGCUCCACCUGGGCCACGGAGAACGGCAAGCACACGGUGGACUACGGGCACGGGCCAUUCACAGCCGAGUUCUCGGGGCUCGUGCUCCGCGGAUGCCCCGCCGACGCCGGCGCAGACAUCCGCCAGCUCCACCUCGGCGCCUCCACGCAGCGGUGCGCCACGGCGGAGUGGGAGCUGAUGACGGCGGAGUACGCGGUCAUGACGGCACAGAAGCGCGCGGCCAUGCGGCGGUUCAGGCAGAGGCAGAUGGUGUACACGGUGUGCUAUGACACGGACCGGUACCCGGCGGCGCUGCCGGAGUGCGAGGUGAACGCGGCGGAGCGGCGGAUGUUCGAGCGGUGGGGCGAGUCCAAGGCCUCGUUCCGUUCCCGGACGACGCCGCCGCCACCGCGGCCGCUUGCUGUGUCUAGUUUUGUAUCUAAAUAA